GCCUCGGGCAGCGUUGGGCAGCGUCGGCGGCUCCUGACGGCCCAGCGGAGCUGCUCCAGCGCACGCGAGGCAGCGGAGCGCCGGCGAGGCCGCAGCUCGCAUCCGAGGCCCUUCGAGGCGGCCGCGGCACCGACACGGCGGCAGAAUAAGACAGAAGCAACAAGCAUGCAGCACGAGGCCCACCCGGGCCUGCCCGACUACGGCGAGGUGAGCAGCCGCGAGCGCGCGCUCGAGCAGUACGCGCAGGACCUGCACCGCCGCGAGAUCCAGCUCAUGCGCGACCGCAUCCACAAGAAGCCCGUGGGCGGCGGGCCGACGCUGGGCAACGCGCCGGGGCGCCGCGCGGCCGGCGCGGAGCGCGUGCAGGCCGCGCGCGCGGCGGCGUUCGAGGGCGACGCCGACGGCCUGCUGCUCUCGGGCGGGGCCGCCUCGCCGCGCGCGCGCGAGACGACCUUCGGGCGGACGGCGCGCGAGGUCACGGCGCCCGUCGCGCGGCCGGAGCCGCCGUCGCCGGCCGAGAUCCGCGACGCGGACGACCGCGCGACGCGGCGCCGGACGCGGGGCGGCUGGUCGAGCCGCGCGGCGACGGACCGGGCGCGCCCGUCCUACGUCGACGACCCGCGCUGGCGCGGCGAGGCCGCGACGCCGACGCCGCGGCCGCGGCCGCGGACGGCCGGCGCCGGCGAGCGGCGGCGGCAGCUGCGCGAGGCCCACGCGUCGCUCGAGACGCUCAUGUCGGACUACGGACUGGGGGCGGCGGCCCGGAGCCCCGAGGUCCUGCGGCGGCCGCGGACGGCGUCCGUCGUCGACCGGCGGCGCCGCGCGGCGCCGCGCGCGGACGAGCGCGCCGCGACGCUCGCGGGCGAGGUGGAGCGCCUCUUCAAGGGCGAGCCCUCGGUGAGCGUGCCCUCGGCCGUCGCGCCGCCGCAGUACGGCGCGACGCGGCGGCGCUGGUUCCAGGAGGUGCCCCCCACCGAGUGGUUCCGCCACCACCACCUCAUCGACCCCUGGGUGCGCUACCACACCGAGGGCUUCCCCACGCCGCCGCCCGAGCCCGAGCCGGCGCCGCCGCCGCGGCGCAAGAAGAAGAAGAGGGCCAAGAAGAAGCGCGCGCCGAGCCCGCCGCCGCCCGUCGCCAGGACGCCGAGGAAGAAGAAGAAGAAGGUCGUCAAGAAGAAGGCGACGCCGCCGCCGUCGCCCGUCCCGUCGCCGCGGCCCGCGACGCCCAAGCCGGUCCUGCGGCACUCGUCGGCGCAGACGCCGCCGCUGGAGCGGCCGCGCGCGCCCGAGGCGGCGCCGCCGCCCUUCGACGCCGUGGCGGCGCGGCGGGCGCGGGACGCGCGGCGCCGGCGCGAGCAGAAGGCGCGCGUCGUCCUGCAGGCCGGCGGGCGCGGCCUGCUCGCGCGGCGCCGCGCGGCGCGGCUGCGGCGGCGCCUCGCGGCGGCGCGGCGCGCGGCGCGGAAGCGCAAGGACAAGGACGCGCGCCUGAAGAUCCGGCAGAAGGCCGCGGCCGUCCGGCUGCAGGCGCGCGAGCGCGGCGCGCAGGCGCGGAAGAAGUACCGCGCCCGGAAGCAGGCGCGCCUGCGGGAGCUGCAGCGCCGGAAGGAAAGGCGGCAGCGCGAGGUCCGGAAGGAGCAGCAGAAGCGGCUCCGGCUGAGCGCCGUCGCGCUCGUCGUCGCGCGGCUCCGCGGGCUGCGCGACCGGCGGCGCUUCGUCAAGGACCGCGACCGGGCGCGCCAGCAGAAGCGGCGCCGCGAGCGGGAGCAGGCCGCGAAGUCGCUGGCCGUCGCCCAGAAGCUGGAGCGGAGCCGCGCGGCCACGCGCGUCCAGGCGGCGGCGCGCGGGCGGCGCGCGCGGAACGAGCUCCGGCGGCGGCGCGCGGCGCAGAAGCGCCGGGCCCAGGCGAAGCGGCAGCGCGAGCGGGAGCAGGCCCAGCGCAGCCAGGCCGCGCUGCAGCGCAUGGAGCGCGGCCGCGCGGCGACGACCAUCGCCGCGGCGGCGCGCGGGCGCCGCGCCCGCGACGAGCUGCGGCGGCUGCGCGCGGCCGCGCGGCGGCGGGCGCAGGCCCGCCGCCAGCAGGAGCGGGAGCAGGCCGCGCGGAGCCAGGCCGCGCUGCAGCGCGUCGUCCGCAACGACGCGGCGACGACGGUGCAGAGCGCGUGCCGCGGGAGCGUCGCCCGCCGGGAGAAGCAGAAGCUCGUGGAGCGGAAGGAGCGGGCGGCGCAGAAGCGGCGGGAGCUCGCCGCCGAGCGCAGCCGCGCGGCGAAGCGGCUGUGGCGGACGAAGCUCAUGGCGACGCGCCUCGCGGCGCGGUACCGCGGCAAGAUCGCGCGGCGCGAGGCCGCGGCGCUGCGGGACGCGGCGCGGCGGCGCGAGGCCCAGCGCGAGGCGGCGCGGCGCCGCCGCGAGGCCGAGGCCGCGCGGCUCUUCCGGAUCGCGCGCCUGGCGACGCGGCUCGCGGCGCGCUACCGCGGCAAGGUCGCCCGCGACGCCGCGGCCGCGCUGCGCGAGGACCGGCGCCGCCGGGAGGCGCAGCGCGAGGCGCUCCGGCGCAAGCGCGAGCUCGAGGCCCGGCGGGCGCGCGCGGCGACGCGCCUCGAGGCGCGGCAGCGCGGCGCCUCGGCGCGCGCGAGGACGCGCGGCCUCUUCGAGGCCGAGCGGCGGCGGCGGCGCGAGCGGGACGCCCUGCGCCGGCGGCGCGAGGCCGAGGCGGCGCUGCGGCGGCGCCGGCUGGCGGCCGUCAAGAGGCUGCACUCGUUCUUCCGCUCGUGCCUCGCGCUGAAGAAGCUGCGGCUGCUGCGGGACCUCGCGGAGGCGGCGCGCCUGCGGGACCUCGAGAUGCGCGCGCGCGCGGCGCGCGCGCGCGAGGAUGCGCGGCGCGCCGAGCGCGAGGCCGCGCGCCAGGCCGCGAACCGCGCCGUCGAGGCCGAGCGCGUCCGGCUCGAGGAGGAGGCCGAGGAGGCGCGGCGCCGCGCGGCCCAGGACGCCGAGGACGCGCGGCUGGCGGAGCUCGCGCGCCAGGCGGAGCGGAAGCGCCGCGAGGCCGCCGAGGAGCGCGAGCGGCUCCGGCGCGAGGCCAUGCGGAAGCGGCGGAACCAGGUGCUGGCCGCGACGCGCAUCGCGAACCAGGUGCGGCGGUGGCUCGCGGGCGUGGCCUACGACGAGCUCAGGGCCCAGCUGCACGCGCGGCGCGCGGCGCUGGCGGCGGAGCGGCGCGCGAUGACGGCCGUCGCGGCGGCCGAGGCGCGCCGCCAGGCCGAGGCGGCGCGCGAGCGGGCGCGCAAGCUCGAGGCGACGGCCCGGCGGCAGGCCCAGGUCGAGCGCAUGCGGAAGCGGCGCCAGGCGGCCGUCGAGAUCCAGCGCCGCGCGCGCGGCUUCGUCGAGCGCGCGGGGCGGUCCGCGGAGAAGCUGCGGGCGCUCGAGCGGGACCGGCGGCUCGCGGCGAAGGCGGCGGAGCGCGCGCGCAAGGACCUGGCCGAGGCGCUCGAGCGGGACCGCGCCGCGGCGGCGGCGGCGGCGAACAACGCGCGCGAUUUCCUCGACGACCUGGCGCGCCGGCGGCGCGAGGCCGAGGAAGCGCGGCGGCGCCGCGCGAAGCUGGAGCACGACGCGGCGACGCGCCUCCAGGUCUGGGCGCUGGAGUGCCGCGCGAACCGGUACAUGCUGCCCUACCGCAAGCACCGGGGCGGCCACUACCGGGGCUGCCCGUGCUGCGUGAACAAGCCGGGCAAGUACUCGCGGGUCUUCGGGCGCUACUCCGCCCGGGCGUCGACGCCGCCCGGCGCCGCGCCGCCGGCCCGCCGCGAGAAGCCGCGGCCGCGUCCGGAGCCGCGCGACUUCGAGGCCGUCGCGAUGGAGUUCGGCUACCGGGGCCCGCCCCGGCGCGACGACGACCGCGGGCCGCCGCGCGGCUACGAGACCGACCGCCGGCGGCCGCACCCGUCGGAGCAGCACUGGCAGUUCGACCCGCGGCGGCCGCGCCUGAACCGCUCGGACUCGUACGACCGCACGACGCGCGAGUACGAGGAGCUCCAGGAGCGCGUCGAGAACCUGCGGCGGGCGCAGCACGAACUCAUGGUCGCGGACAUGCGACGCGUGCCGCUCUACGACCAGCCGGCGCGGGACCCCGGGCUCCUGACCGUCGCGCGCGCCGAGAUCGACGGGACGCUCGGCCACGUGCUCGGCGACGCGUCGCCGCCGCGGUCCGGCGCGCCCUACGCGUCGCGCCGCCCGCGUCAACCGCGGACGCGGAGGCAACUCGGGUACGAAUAA